GUCUGAGGAGAACUCGCGAGGCCCGGAGCUCGGCUCGGGUCCGGCGGCCGGCGCGGGCCUGAAGGUCCCCGGGGCAGUCGCAGAUGUCCUCUGCGGGACAGCGGAGCCCGGCCCGCGUCCCGAGGCCCCCGAGCGCCGCGCGGAGCUGUACGGGAUCACAUCAGCCCCAAAUGUCCAGGACGGGUAGAGGGGCGGUGAUCUGUCCUAUAGCUGCUUCCUGCCGGCAUGGGGCGCCGAGGUGAUAAUGUCAGUCGGAAGUGGUACGCAGAGGCUGUGUGUGGACAGUGCUGGCAGAAGAGGCUGAAGGCACUUUGUUUCCUCAGUAUCAAGACCAGAAUAAGUAUCUACAGUCAAGGACAAAGUAAAUUAACAAACCGUGCCCUGUGGCCAUGUGAGGGGUGGAUAACGGAGCCCUCCCGGCAGUCCUCAAUGGGCCUGCGUUCCCCUCCAGCUCAACUCUUCCAGGACCACCCAAAAUCGCUUUGUCUGGGAGCAUUCUGGGCGUCUGCGUCUGGUAUUAACCCCUAGAGAUCAAAACGCCCGACGCUUCACCAGCUGUGUCUCAGUGGCUGGCAGCACCCUGGGGCUGCAGUAGACUAUUGGUAACCGCUGAAGCUGGCAGAGGCUCACCUGGCUGCGGCCUUCAGCUCCCAGGCGCUGCGGACGCCAUGGACCUGCAUCGAAGCCGAGAAGUCCUUCAGGAAAUCCGUCUCCCUGCACUGCAUUCCUGGAAAAAGAGGAUCAUGAGAUUCAAGAAUGGCAUCAUCACUAGCAUGUACCCAGCAGGCCCCUCCAGUUGGCUCAUCGUGGUGGUGGGUGUGAUGUCCUCAACGUACGGCAAAAUGGACCCCUCCUUGGGAAUCAUUGCCAGAAUCAGUGAGACCCUCGACAUGAUGGGCCGCAUGUCCAGCCAGACGAAGACCGCGGUCAGCGGCGUGCUCUUCGGCACGGGCCUCUGGGUGGCCCUCAUCAUCACCAUGCGCUGCUCCCUGAAGGUGCUCCUCUCCUACCACGGCUGGAUGUUCGCCGAGCACGGCAAAAUGGGUCGCGCCACCAGGAUCUGGAUGGCUAUGGUCAAGGUCCUUUCAUGCCGGAAACCCACGCUGUACAGUUUCCAGACUUGUCUGCCGCGCCUGCCUGUCCCGGCCGUGAAAGACACUGUGCACAGGUACCUGGAGUCCGUGCGGCCGCUUAUGAAGGAACAGGACUUUAAAAGGAUGACGGCGCUGGCCCAAGACUUUGCUGUCAAUCUGGGGCCAAAGCUGCAGUGGUAUCUGAAGCUCAAGUCCUGGUGGGCUACAAAUUACGUGACGGACUGGUGGGAGGAAUACAUCUACCUGCGUGGACGCGGGCCGCUGAUGGUGAACAGCAACUACUUUUCGAUGGAUCUGCUGUACCUCACACCAAGUCACAUUCAGGCAGCAAGAGCUGGCAACACCAUCCACGCCAUCCUGCUCUACAGACGUGAACUGGACCAGGAGAAGAUCAAACCAAUUCUGCUGGGAGCCACCGUCCCCCUCUGCUCCGCUCAGUGGGAGCGCAUGUUUAACACCUCCCGCAUCCCGGGAGAGGAGGCCGACACCCUGCAGCACAUCCAGGACAGCAGGCACAUCGUCGUGUACCACAGGGGGCGCUACUUCAAGGUCUGGCUGUACCACGACGGGAGGCUGCUGCGGCCCCGCGAGAUGGAGCAGCAGAUGCAGCGGAUCCUGGACGACCCCUCGGAGCCCCAGGCCGGGGAGGAGAAGCUGGCGGCCCUCACCGCAGCCGACAGAGUGCCCUGGGCCAGGUGCCGCAAGGCCUAUUUUGGACGUGGGAAGAACAAGCAGUCUCUGGAUGCCAUCGAGAGAGCGGCGUUCUUCGUGACGUUAGAUGACACCGAGCAAGGGUACAGAAAGGAAGACCCAGAGACCUCCAUGGACAGCUACGCCAAGUCUCUCCUGCACGGCAGGUGUUUCGACAGGUGGUUUGACAAGUCAUUCACAUUUAUCAUCUUCAAAAACGGCAAGAUAGGCAUCAAUGCAGAGCACUCCUGGGCAGAUGGGCCUAUUGUCAUCCACUUCUGGGAGAAAAUCGUGGCCACCGACUGCUUCCAGCUGGGCUACACGGAGGACGGACACUGCAAGGGGGACACCAACCCCGGCAUUGCGUACCCCACCAGGCUGCAGUGGGACAUCCCGGAGGAGUGUCAAGAGGUGAUAGAGACGUCCUUGAGCAGCGCGGCGCUCCUGGCACACGACGUGGACCUCCACUCCUUCCCGUUCGACAGCUUCGGCAAAGGGCUGAUCAAGAAGUGCCGGACGAGCCCGGACGCCUUCGUGCAGCUUGUGCUCCAGCUCGCUCACUACAGGGACAUGGGCAAGUUCUGCCUCACCUACGAGGCCUCCAUGACCCGGCUCUUCCGGGAGGGGAGGACGGAGACCGUGCGCUCCUGCACCACCGAGUCCUGCAACUUCGUGCUGGCCAUGGUGGACCCCACCCAGACGGUGGAACAGAGGCUCCGCCUGUUCAGGCUGGCGUCUGAGAAGCACCAGCACCUGUACCGCCUCGCCAUGACCGGCGCCGGGAUCGACCGGCACCUCUUCUGCCUCUACGUGGUGUCCAAGUACCUCGCGGUCGAGUCCCCGUUCCUGAAGGAGGUGUUGGCUGAGCCAUGGAGGCUGUCAACAAGCCAGACGCCUCUGCAACACGUGGGGCUGUUUGACUUCAACAAGAACCCGGAGUACGUGUCCAGCGGAGGGGGCUUCGGACCGGUUGCGGAUGACGGCUAUGGUGUGUCGUACAUUAUCGUGGGAGAGAACCUCAUCAGUUUCCAUAUUUCCUCCAAGUUCUCCAGCCCCGAGACGGAUUCUCACCGCUUUGGGAGGCACGUGAAGCAGGCAAUGAUGGACAUCAUCGCCUUGUUCGGGCUCAGGUCCAACUCCAGGAAGUAGCCGAGUCCCUGAGCGGGGAGGCAGCGCGGGCCCUGUGGUACGGCCAAGCGAAACUUAGGUCUCGACCCUGCCCCCGUCCAGGACGGCUCAGUGCUCCUAGAAAACCCCGUCUCCUCCAGAGAGGAGCUGUCGCUUGUUUCCCUAGACGGCAGGCGCCACCGCGUGGCUGCAGCCCUGCUCCCGGGCAUGCGCCCGGGCAGGGAGGCGGCAGCCUGUGGCGUCCCGGCACUGCACGCACACUGGACAUGGGGACGGCGACCACAGAGGUGACGCGAGCCCGCCACGGCAUCCAGGCAGCGGGCACUGCUUUUGUCAAAGGAAAGGGUGUUCAGGUCGCAGCGGGGAACUCACGCUAACACACGGACGCACGAACCGGACACGCCGCACUCUGGAGCCAGGCGGUUGUCACCAGAGCUGCUGCCUGGUCUGUUCCAGGCUGUGUCCCCCCCAGGCCGCGGCUCUAGUGCCCUUGACCUCGCUCGCUUGUCCUCCAAACGCAGUGCCUUAGAAUGAACUGCCCUGCAUGGAAGGGCCGCUGGGUGACUUCCCUGGGGAGGCCUCGGGCUGGCAUCGGGGGUGGGUCGCUCCCCUCGACUUUGAGUGUGGGUCACUCUGCGAAGCAUUUGCCACGACCUCCCCACGCCUAGAAAGAGCAGAGCCCUCCGGGCCGGCGCUGCUGGGGCCACUGGACGGGCUUCCCGUGCUCCCCGAGCCGCAGGGGGGACAGGCAGGGAUGUGAUGGCCGCUGAGCUGUCUGGAGAAGCCACUGACGAGUCAAUACGACGGUGCUCACGGUCACUGCCUCUCCACACCACGGUCAAGAGGACAAGACGCUGGCCACGAGGCUGGGCCAGGGAAGGGCAACCACACCGUGGCCAGUGGUUCACUUUCUCAUCCCACCUGGUCGGAGGGAAGCCCCCUCUCCUUUCCAAGGAGCGGGAGCAGUGGACACAGGGCGCUGGGCCGUGCUGUGGCAGAGCCGCGUGUGGCCGUGACGGGUGCGGGGCGGACGCGGCGCGUCCUCCAGGCACCAGCCCUCCACGAGAGCGUCUGCCUGCGCGUGAGCUGCGCGCCCUGAGUCACCUCCCUGCGGUGCAGGUGCAGCCCCGCGGCCUCCAGGCGCGCAGUAUUUCUGUGCCCCUCUGCCAGGGCCGAGCUGUCGGAGCCAUUGAAGGAAGACGCUCGCGGGAGAAGGCAGGCAGGCCCGUUGAUGUUCGCUGUGUGACGGGAACUGCCUCCUCGCUGGGCGCAGGUCUUGUCCUCCUACCAGCAGGAACUGAGAAGAGCAGCCCCAGAGGGCAGCUAAGCAGAAGCAGCAGAGCGGGAAGCCCUGAUGGGGCGGAGCGGCAGCCAUGAGAGCCAGGAGCCCCGUGAAGGAGGCGCCUCCCCGGCCCCGUGUGUCACCCUCGGCCCCGCGUGCACUGGGGUGUAGACGUGCUAGUGCUUCCCUCUCGGUUCUCCGUGUUUCCAGUGUGAUGUUCAUCUGUGCGGUCGUCCGUGCCGUGUUCUGCUCCGUCAGAGGCAGCAGAACGCGUUCCUGUUGUACAGCUGGAGGGUGUAAGGACGCAGCCGCAGCCUUAACGCAGCCGUGACUGGAAUCCUGCCCCGGUCUGUCCGUGGCCUGUACAUACCAUUUACAUCUGAGAUGCACAGUGCGGACGUGGGUCACCAUUAGUAAAGCAGUCCUGCCCACCACA